AUGAUUCGCAUUGGACAGCUGAUGGUGCGAAACGCACAAAAGGUUAAGGGCGUCGAAAUCCGAAGAUGCCUUUCCGCCGCCCCCCAAGCCAAACAGGCCGAAGCUCAACAGGCUACCCCAUCAGAGGCAGAAAAGCGGCCAAACAUGUCCUUCCUGACGAACAUCUUCCGUGGACACGUGGAACCAGCCCAAGUCUUUCCGUUCCCGGAAGCUCUAGACGCUGAGCAGAAGGAAUACAUUGCAUCGUUCGUCGAUCCAGUUACCAAGUUCUUCGAGGAAGUUAAUGAUCCAGUUAAGAACGACGUAAACGCAGCGAUCGAUGAAAAAACAACCGAAGCCCUGUGGGAUCUUGGUGCGUUCUCGCUGAUGGUACCGCCGGAAUAUGGUGGACUUGGCCUCAACAACACACAGUACUCCCGCAUGUGUGACAUUAUCGGUGGGCAGGAUCUGGGUCUGGGCAUCUUCAUCGGGGCGCAUCAGAGCAUUGGGUUUAAGGGUAUAUUGCUGUACGGAGAUGAACGACAGAAGGAAAAGUAUCUGCCAAUGGUAUCAACGGGCAAAGUUUAUGCGGCCUUUGCACUCACCGAGCCAAGUUCCGGUUCCGAUGCCGGCUCGAUUCGCUGUCGAGCAGUUAAGUCCGCCGACGGCAAACACUACGUACUGAAUGGUUCUAAAAUCUGGAUUUCGAACGGUGGAAUUGCGGACAUUAUGACGGUGUUUGCGCAGACCGAGCUGGAGGAUCCUAAAACCGGCCAGAAGAAGGAUAAGGUAACGGCAUUCAUUGUGGAGCGUGGAUUUGGUGGUGUUAGUAGCGGUCCGCCCGAAAACAAGAUGGGCAUCAAGUGUUCCAACACGGCCGAAGUGUACUUUGAGGAUGUAAAGAUACCGAUUGAGAACGUGCUCGGUGGCGAAGGCAAUGGAUUUAAGGUUGCGAUGAACAUCCUGAACAAUGGACGGUUCGGUAUGGCGGCGACGCUCUCCGGUACGAUGCGUGCCUGCAUCCAGAAGGCGGCAGAACACGCGACAAACCGCGUCCAGUUCGGGCGUAAAAUUGAAACCUUUGGAGGCGUGCAGGAAAAGCUGGCCCGUAUGGCGAUGCACCAUUACGCAACCCAGUCGAUGGCGUACAUGAUCUCCGGCAACAUGGACACGGGAUCGUUGGAUUACCAUCUGGAGGCAGCCAUCUCGAAGGUGUUUGCGUCCGAAUCGGCCUGGUAUGUGUGUGAUGAAGCGAUCCAGAUACUUGGUGGCAUGGGCUUCAUGAAGGAUUGUGGACUGGAGCGUGUGAUGCGUGAUCUGCGUAUCUUCCGCAUCUUCGAAGGUACGAACGACAUUCUCCGUCUGUUUGUGGCCCUUACCGGUAUCCAGUACGCUGGAUCGCAUUUGAAGGAACUGCAGCGUGCGUUCAAGAAUCCGGCCACGAACAUGGGAUUGAUCUUUAAGGAAGGAUCGCGGCGUGCAAUCCGUAGCAUCGGUUACGGUGGUACGGAUCUGAGCACGUACGUUGCGGAUCCGUUGAAGCAGUCCGCAAAGCAGUGCUCCGAGUGUAUUGAUCUCUUUGGACAGACGGUGGAAUCGUUGCUGAUCAAGUACGGCAAGAAGAUCGUUGACGAGCAGUUCCUGUUGAACCGGUUGGCAGAUGCGGCGAUUGAUACGUACGCAAUGGCGGUGGUUCUUUCGCGAGCGUCCCGAUCGGUACGAAAGGAUCUGCCCUCGGCCGAACAUGAGGUGCUGAUGACGAAGGCCUGGUGUCAUGAGGCUAGCGAUCGUGUGCGUGUGAACAUUCGCAAAAUUAACACCGAUUCAUUUGUGAAAAACUAUGGCGUUAUGUCCCAAAUCUCGAAGAACAUCUGUGCCAACAAUGGUAUCGCACACAACAACCCGCUCGAUAUCGAGUAA